CGUUUGGGAGCGAAGCAUGGCGAAUGGUCUGCGUGUGGGUGUGGGAGCGGGCGGCGCGCGGUGACCGGUCUGAGCCGCGAGGUCGCAUGGCGGAGCUCGAGCCCGGCGGCGGCGGCGGCGGCGGCGGCCAGCCCGACGCCGUGCUGCUGGCGCCCCUCACCGAGGACACCUUCCUGCACAACCUGCACGUGCGCUAUAAACGCGACGUUAUAUAUACGUACGUGGGCAACGCGCUGGUGUCGGUGAACCCGUGCCGGCCGCUGCCGCUGUACUCGGCGGAGCUGGUGCGGGCGUACCUCGCGCGCCCGCCCUACCAGCUGCCGCCGCACCUGUACGCUAUCACGGCCACCGCUUACCGCUGGGUUCGAGACAGGAAUGAGAGUCAGUGCAUCGUAAUAACAGGCGAGAGCGGCGCGGGCAAGACGGAGGCGGCGCGCGUGUGCCUGCAGUGCGCGGUGCUGGCGGGCCCCGGGGGCCCCGCGGGCGGGGCGGGCCCCGGGGGCCCCGGUGGCGGCGGGGGCCCCGCCGACGCGGAGGAGGGCGCGGGCGCGGCGCUGGCGGCGGCGGGCACGCUGCUGGAGGCGUUCGGCAACGCCGCCACCGCCCGCAACCACAACGCCAGCAGAUUCGGGAAAUUGUUAGAUAUAGAGCUCGACUUCAAAGGAGAUCCAGUCGGGGGCCACAUAACGCAUUACCUCCUGGAAAAGGAGCGUGCGUGCGGCGCGGCGGCGGGCGAGCGUAACUUCCACGUGUUCUACCAGCUGCUGGCCGGCGCGGACGUCUCGCUGCUCAAGAGACUGAAGCUGCAGCGGUCGUGGGAGCAGUACCGCGUGCUGCGGGGCGCGGGGGCGGCGGCGGCGGGGGUGGCGGGGGCGGGGGGCGCGUCCCCGCGGCGGGCCCCGCCCCCCGCCGCGCCCGCCGCGCCGCCCGCGCCCCCGCCCGGCCCGCGCGCGCCCCACGCUGACACGGACCACUUCGCCUUCACCAAGGCGGCGAUGGCGACGCUGGGCUUCAGCGGCGCGGAUUGCGGCGCGAUGCUGCGCGUGCUGGCCUUCUUGCUGAAGCUGGGCAACGUGCAGUUCGAGCCGCAGCACAACAUCGACGGCUCCAUCGGCGCGCGCCUGCACCAGCCCUACGAACUGACGGAGGCGUGCUCGCUGGUGGGCGUGGAGGCGGGCGCGCUGGCCGCCGCGCUGCACGCCGCCCCCGCGCCCCGCCCCGCACCCGACGGACCGAGUGGAUGCGAGCGCGAUUGGGAGGAGGCGGAGGAGGAGUCGGGCGCGGAGGCGGAGGAGGAGGAGGAGGAGAGCUGCGUGGAGUGGGCGACGGCGCUGCGGGACCGGCUGCUGUGCGCCGUGUACUCGCGCCUCUUCACCUGGCUCAUCAACGCCGUCAACGACAAGAUCAAGCCGGCGGAGGCGGGCAAGCGGUGCACGCUGGGCAUCCUGGACGUGUACGGGUUCGAGUCGCUGGCGUACAACGGGCUGGAGCGGCUGCUGGUGAACUACGCGGCGGAGCGCGUGCAGGCCGCCGUCACCGCCGCCACGCUGCGCCGCGAGCAGGAGGAGUACGCGCGCGAGGGCCUGCCCUGGCAGCCGCUGCCCUACCACGACCACGAGCUGCAGGCCGAGCUGCUGGACGCGGGCCCGGACAGCGUGCUGGGCGCGCUGCGGGAGUGCACGUCGCGGCGCGCGGCCGACGCGGCCUUCCUGCAGCGGCUGCAGCGGCGGCGACACCCGAGGCUGCACGUCGUGCCCCCGGACCACUUCCAGAUCGUGCACUUCGGCGGGCCGGUGACGUACUGCGCGCGCGGCGUGGUGCGACACAACGCGGACGCGGUGUGCGCGCGCGCGGCGGCGGCGCUGGGCGCGGCGCGCGAGCCGCUGCUGCGGGCGCUGUUCGCGGGCGCGGCGGGCGCGGCGGGCGCGGGCGCGGCGGGGGCGGGCCGCGGCUCCCCGCGCCGCCCCGCCGCGCUCGCGUGCCGCCAGCGCGCGCUGGUGGCGGCGCUGGUGCGGCGGCUGCCGGCCGCGCCGCGCCUCGUGCGCUGCCUGCGCGCCGACCCGCAGCUGCGGCCGCAUCGCUUCGACGCGCCGCUGCUGCGCCACCAGCUGCGCUCGCAGGGCAUCCUCGACAUGGCGCUGCUGCGCCGCGCCGGCUGGUGCGAGGCCAUGUGCGCGCGCGCGCUGCUGGCGCGGUACGGGCUGCUGCGGCCCGCGCGCGCGCCCCCCGCCGCCCCCGCGCCCGCGCUCGCCCGCGACGACCCCGUGCGCGCCGCCCGUGCGCUGCUGCGUCCGCUGCCCAUACCCAGCGCCGAGUUCGCGUACGGCCGCACCAAGGUGUUCAUCCGGAGCCCGCGCACGGUGUGGGAGCUGGAGGCGCUGCGGGCGGCGCGCGUGGAGCGGCUGGUGGUGGUGCUGCAGCGCGCGUGGCGGGCGUACUGUGCGCGACGCAGGCUUCGACUACGGCACCGUGCGCAACGAGUCAUCGCGCGUGCCUGGCGUGCAUAUCGGGCUACGCGCGAGUUGCCCGAGCGGCAAGCACUGCAGCGGCAAUUACAGGUGAGUUCUUUGCAACAGUUGCUUUUACACGGCACUCAGUUAGGAGUGGGUCGUGUACGGUGGCAGGCGCGGCGGCGCGUGUGGUCGCUGGGCGGCGGCGCGGCGGCGUGGGCGGGCGGCGUGGCGUGGCGCGCGUGGUGCCGGUGGGCGCGGCGCCGCUACCUGCGCGAGCUGUGGCGGCGGCUGCCGGCGCGGCACCUGUCGCCGGCGUGCGGCGCGUGGCCGGCGUGCCCGGCGCCGCGCCUGCUGGGCCGCACGGACGCGCUGCUGCGGCGGCUGCACCACCGCUGGCGCUGCCGCCUGUACCGCGCCGCCUUCGACCAGACGGCGCGCAACCGCAUGCGCGAGAAGGUGACGGCCAGCGUGCUGUUCCGCGAGCGCAAGGCGACGUACGCGCGCAGCGUGGCGCACCCGUUCGUGGGCGACUACGUGCGGCUGCGCGCGUCGGGCGCGUGGCGGCGCGGGCCGGGCGCGGCCGGCGACCGGUACGUGGUGUUCGCGGACGUGGUCGGCAAGGUGGCGCGGUCCAGCGGGCGCGUGGCGCGCUGCCUGGCGGUGGUGUCGACGGCGGCGCUGCUGCUGCUGGACGCGCGCACGCUGCGCCUCAAGCGCCGCGUGCCCGCGCCCGCCGUGCACCGCCUGUCGCUGUCGCCGCUCGCCGACGACGUGCUGGUGGUGCACGUGCGCGCGCCGCCCGCGCUCGACUCCUCCGCCGAGGACCUGUCGCACUGCGCCGCCAGGGACGCGCCCGACGCGCCCGACGCGCCCGACGCGCCCGGCUGCCUCUUCGGGGGUGAGGGCGCGCGGCGUCGUCGCGGGGACGUGAUGAUGCGGACGUGCCACGUGCUGGAGCUGGCCACCAAGCUGUUCCUGGUGGUGCAGAACGCUGUGGGCGCGCCGCCGCACGUCAACAUCGCCUCCGAGUUCGAGGCCAACUUCGGCCAGCAGGCGGUGACGGUGGCAUUCCACGUGGUCAGCGGGGACGUGUCCGGCGCCGACGCGCGCCUGCUGCGGCGCGGCAGCCGCAUGGACGUGCUGCUCUGAUGGCUGCCGGCGCCCCGUCCGCCCCUGUCCGGCCCCCUCCGCUCCUGUCCGCGCCCUCCCGCCCCUGUCCGGCCCCGUCCGCUCCUGUCCGACCGCGGCCACCUCAUCCUCGCGGCGGCCGGCCGCCCGGGACGUCCGCCUGCCGACCGGACGACGCCGUUGUCUCGUUUGAUCGAAGUAUUAAUUAUUGAACGUUGAAUUGUUAUAAGUAUAAAAUAUGAUUACCUCGACAGGGGAGCGAGACCUCGACGCUGUCAUUUGUUGACGCCAGCGGACCUCUAGUUAUAUUUUACCAGAUAAUUAUAUAAUUAAGCAUUCGAUUAUAAUAUCAGACCGCCAAAUUGCGAUUAUCCAAAGUCCAAAGCGAAGUAGUUAUAAGAGAGAAUUACUAUUACAGAGUGCAUUAUGAAAAUAGUAUCUUUAACGAUUAUUAUUAUUAUAAAAUCAGUUAUGCCGUAAACGAACGAGAUGGAUAUAUCUGAUGUUAAUGUUAAAAUCGAAAAUUUUUACACGUUAUAUGUAUAGUACAUUGACAUGAGAAUUAUAGUUGUUGUGGGCGGUCGGUCUCAGUCCACAAUCCUCGUAUACCAACGACUGUUCUGUGACUGAAACUGACUCGACACCGAGACGUUUGCGACUCGUGCACUGCGUGUUCAGUCGUGUCUAGCAUACGAGUGUGAUCAGUGCGGGUAAUUUUUAAGUACUCACCAAAUAGUGUAAGCGAUGAAAGUCGGUCGACGAGUCUCAAUAAUAUAAUAUUAAGUUUAGCAAUAGAGUUGCACGUGCGAUCUGUUGCACUGUAGUCGGCCACGAGCCCCGGGUGCCGAGGGAGUGUGCCGCGACAGUACCGAGGCGACCAGGCGGCGCGGCCCGCUCCCUCCGCCGCCGCGGCUCACGAGGCCGGGCCCUCUUAUGAUAGCUAGUAUUUAAUAAGUACCCACCUUAUCUAGUAAGCGAUAUAAGUAAUUACACACAGCCGUACGUACGGUCUAGAACCUUAGAGUGAAGUGAGUUUGGCCGCGUGCUGACCGACGGCGGGUGACGUGCCUGCGACAUCAUGUGUCGAUCGUGAAUAUGAUGGUGUUCGUGAUACUUAUAGAUGUAAUAAUAUCAAAUAUUGUUAUUGUUUUAUACGUCGGUCCGGUCGUCGCAUCGUUGGAUGCGUAUUGGACUGUUACAGAACUAAUUUACCGUUAACUUAACUUCCUCUCCUGCUAUUUAGAGAUACAUCCGCGUACAUACUCGUACGUACCCACGUUACUAGUUUGCUACAUUUGUGUAACUUUUAUUUAUAUGUAAAUUUGAGCGUAUUUGACCGCGAUCUCACAUGUGGAUGUGAUCACGCACUUGCCUUACUUCCGAUUGUGGUAGCUAUUGCGAGUACGUGCUACUUUAUAUACUGUAGUAUUGUAAGUUCGGACUUAUAUUUUUAAGUUAUGCGUCGAAUAAAUAGAACACAAGUAAAACUAAGUUGCGUUAACUUAUACGACACUUACGGCAACAAAAGAGUACCCGACAGAGUAUGGUUGUGUGUACGAGUAGACAGGUACGGUCCCCUCUGAUUAGCACGUAGCCGUGAGAAUUAAUAUUCUCACAGGGAAAUUGCAUUCAAUAUUGUGUACAGCAUUAAAACAAAUUAUUAUGAACAAAGUUGUCGAUAGUGUCUUAACAAUUUAUAUAUUAAUUUAAAUAGAGCUAGGUUUAACUCUCACCGGAUAUCGGUGUCUCGUCAUGCACAGAGUUAUAACCAUCGACUACAAGUAUUACAGAUAAACUAGACCAAAGACAAUAGUAACACAUAGUACAGCUGCACUGUGUGCCUGUAAAUUUAAAUAACGAAACGUAAGAAUUGUAACACAUCGUAAGCAUAUAAUAAUUGAUGACUUUAUCCGCGGACAUGAUUAU